GUUAGGUGAGAUUAGGUUAUGUCAAACUGAAUUCAUGUAAACACGUGUUUUGCUGAUAUCGAGAUAGAACUAAAAUUUAUAAAACAUUACAGAACAUGAGUAGUCCAGAAAUUAGAAACUUCAGAGAUUUUCUGCUUCUCUAUAAUCAAAUUUCUGAAACGUGUUUUAAUCACUGUACGAAUACAUUCCUUACUAGAGAGAUUUCAUCGUAUGAGGAUAUUUGUGUAAGCAACUGUGCGCAGAAAUUUGUGAACACUAAUCACAGAGUUAUGGAAGUUUAUUCGGAAAUUUUGCCAAUUUUCACGAAAAAAAUGAUGGAGCAACAAGCAGCACAGGCAGCGGCAGCUGCUGAAAAAACCGAGAAUCAAUGAUAAUUCUAGCAAGUGUAAAUAUAUUCUAAUAAUUCAUUUUGACGAAGUAAUGCCUACUAUAUGUACUCGAAUAGUGUGCUAUAAUGUGAUUUUAGGUAAUUAUACUUUUAAACUUUAAAAAAAAGUUGACAUUUUUUGAAAAAAAUUUGACAUUUUCCAUUGAAGCUUCAUGUAAAAAUGAAAAA